UUCUGAGCUAGCGCAGAGAGUUAGAGAGGCCUGCCCAUGUCAUCGUUUCUUGUGCUCAGUUCCAUAUUCGAGGUCAUCAUUUUCUCUGACCUCUCAACGCUCUCUCUGUGCGCUCAAUAUGCUCAUCUGUGCUCUUGACAUUUUCCCGCCCGCUCACAAUUAAUUUGAUCUGUGCUCGACAUCCCCACACCGUGUGGGAGACUCGCUCAUGCAUGCUGGACAUUCUACUCUAAAUUGACUCCAUACCAGGUUAUACUGCUGGCUCGCAAGGAGGACCAAACCAUCAAAUUCUGAUUUUUUUUUUUUACUGCCUCAAAAAUACCCAUUCUUCAAUUCAGCAGAUUAUCCCUGACCUUAAUAUCUGGCCCUCGUAGUGUGAAUUUUAGAUGUCCUGCCUGCCUUCCUUUUUGGACACCAGUCUUGCAGAUCAUUGCCUAUUGCUUGAAAACUAAUCUUGCCAUCUUAGUCGUAUAUGGGCUUUGGAAUGACACGCCUGAUCAAAGUAAACUCACGGAAACUUUUGCGAGUAAUAAUUCGCGUUGCCUUAGUGAUUGCUUUUUGGAGGGUAUUUUUUAUAAAGAAACCAGAUAAAUGGUUAAAGAAACCAGAUAAAGAACAGCUGGAGGCCUCUAGUGCUUCAUGGGAAGGUAAGGGCGGCCUGAACUGUACGGCCGUCGUGCUUGGAGACCCAGACAGCCAGAAGACGGCCCAGUGGCUGGCCCAGAACAGGGACUACAGAAGGAAAGUCAAGCUCACAGAUGAAUACUACAUAAAGGCCACUCAUGACUGCAGAGACUUUAGGUUAACGAGAGGUUACGCCACUCUCGCUUUCCAUGAAGAAAUGGACUUCCCCCUGGCAUACUCUAUCGUCGCCCACCAUAAGGUCGAGAACUUUGAGCGGCUCUUGCGAGCCAUAUACGCGCCCCAGAACGUGUACUGCGUCCAUGUCGACACAAAAGCCAACACUACCGUAGCAGCCGCCAUCGCCAACAUCGCUUCCUGUUUCCCCAACGUGUUCAUGGUCAGUCAACCCGUGAAAGUGGUCUACGCCAGCUGGAUGCGGGUGCAGGCGGACCUCAACUGCAUGUCGGAUCUGCUGCACGUCAGCACGGAGUGGAAGUAUUUCAUCAACCUCUGUGGGCAGGACUUCCCCAUGAAGACCAACCUAGAGAUGGUGCGGGACCUGAAGGCUCUGGAAGGGGAAAACAGCAUACAAUUUAAACCCAUUUCCAAGAAUCAGACAUGGAGGGUGGAAACCACUUGGGCCCCGGUGAACGGACAUAUACAGUCAACGGGGAAGGCCAGGGGACCGGCGCCCUUAGAUCUUUCUGUGUUGAAGGGCAGCGCCUACAUUGUCGCCUGCCGGGGCUACAUCAACAGUGUGCUGACAGACAGCCGCAUCCAUGAGCUGAUGGAGUGGUGUAAAGACACCUAUAGCCCAGACGAGAUCCUCUGGGCCACCACCCAACAAAUGCCCGGAGUUCCAGGUUCCAUAUCGGCCACUUCUCACGUGUAUCAAGCAGAUUCGAUUGCACGGCUGGUGCUGUGGACUGGCAGGUCCAAGUGUCACGGCCACUUUGUGCGGGAGGUAUGUGUGUUUAAUGUCGCAGACCUGCCUUGGAUCCUGAGCCAUCAUCACCUGUUUGCGAACAAGUUUGACGUGGAAUCGGAUUCGGUCGCCGUCUACUGUCUGGAGGAGUACCUGCGGGAGAAGAGGCUGGCAGAAAUUGAGAGUGAUGGGAAAUGAUCGCCUCCCAAGUGUCCAUUUGUUGUUCCGAAAGAGGUUAGCUAAUUAUAGUGCCUGUAUCGGUCCAUAUGUUAUUGCAAAAAUACUUAAGGGAUGCACCGAUUCCACUUUUUGUCAAACCAAGUACAAGUAUUUAUGUUUGGGUACUUGCUGAUACCAAGUACUGAUAUUAUUACUUAAUAAUAGCAUUACAGUUUAAAGAACCACUGAACCCACUAUUUAAGAGGAAAUCCGAACACUGUGAUUUGAAAAAUGUGUUUUGGGCCGAGAAUUCUAGGAGUUCCCACGCCAACUUUAUGUUACUGUUUUGGACCGUUGUUGUGUGUGAGCAUUAUAAUAAGCAAGGUUGUAAAUUAAAUGUGCAACACAACAUAGCGAUAUUUUAUGUGUCCGGAAAGCCUAACUCUCGGACGCGGGUAGUAAAUGAAUUACCGCUCAGACGACGCUUAACCAGCCACCCACUGUAGCGUUAUACUAUGUGUAGGGGAAGCCUAACUCUUUGAUGCGGGUAUUAAAUUAAUCACUGCUCAGACGGAGCUUCAACCUCCACACACACCGUGGCGUUACGUUCCCGGAAAGCACAACUUUUCCUCGGACGCUGCAGUCAACAGCUGCCCAGGCAGAGCCUUACACACGUCCACACAAAAUACGCGAGAAAAUAAUAAAAUUGUAUGGGUUUACUGGCUCUUCAUCAUUAUGUCGCGUCACGCUGCGUAAAGUGGUAUCGAGUUGUAUCGGAGAGGUUUUACGAGUACGGAUAAAUGAGCACAUUAUCGGCUCCGAAACUGGUAUCGUUGCGUCCCUAAUUUUAUUAAAGGUUAUAAUUGACUAGGUCUUAUACUUGUUAUGGCCUAUGUAUGUUGUAGAGUCGACCAUGCCCGUCCAUUUGGAACAGAAAGUCCACUAUCCUACUAUGAUCAUAUAUUAUAGUAUUCUCAAUUGAGUGUCCUUAAAAGUAAUGUAUUUUCUUAAGAAACUUUUUUCAGAACUUUUAUUUUUGUAAUUUUACAGAGCAGCCUCAAGUGACAUCAAUGUAAGCUUCUGCUUCUCUCUGCAGAUCAGUCUGACCUCGAGCCCUUUGCAAGCCUCUCCCAAAAACAAUUGUGGCAUAUUAUAUCACAAAUCUUUAAUCAUGAAAAUUAAUUAAAUUAAAUUGGUUAAGCACAGCGGAAAAGUACUGAGUCAAGUCAAAUAUAUUAUUUUUGAGUCAAUCAUGUUACUUCUGGUGCUACUAUAGUUUCACCACCAUAGGCACAUUUUUCUGGUCAUCGAUCACAGAUGUUCUGUGAUCUGUUCUGCCUGUCUGAAUAUCCCGCCUGCCGUCGAGUCCCUAUUGGUUUGUCUCCUUACCCGUUCCCUAUUCCUGGCCCGUCUAUCUGCCCUCCCGAUGCCGACCUCUGCCUGCCGACUACCCUCUGCCUGUCGAUCCGAUCCCUAAAUAAAGCCUUGUACCUAUCCUGCGCUAGUCGUCUGUCUGUGCACUUGGGUUCUGCUAAACGCCCCGAUUACAGUUAAGAGUGUAUUCCUCAUACUAUUGCAGAGUUCUUCCAAGAAAGGGUUCCAAUCCAGGAUAGCUUCAGGCCCAGUUCUACGGGGGUGCAUAAGCAUGCAUUGCACCCCCAAAAAAAAUUGUUGCACCCUCAAUUGAAAAAAUAAA